GCGGCUGUAGGGCCGCCUCCCCGGGCCCCCUGGCUCCGCCAUGUUCCGUAGGGCACGCCUUAGCGUGAAGCCGAAUGUCAGGCCUGGCGUAGGCUCUAGGGGCUCCACCGCCCCCAAUCCCCAGCGUGGACCAGAGACUUCCAGGCCGCCAGAGCCUUCCGUAGCCUCUGCUCCAAAGCCAGCGGAAUCUACAGAUGUGCCCCCAGUGGAUUUCGGGGGAGCGGAACCCCAAGAAAAGACACCCGGCAAUAGUUUCAACAGUGAUAAAAGGACUGAUGAUGAGAGUGAUGUUGAAGAAUCCAGUAAAUCUUCCACUACUGUUUCACAGAGAAAAAAGCGAGUAUCAAGUACUUCUAAUUCGGUUAAGCCUAAUGUCAGCAUUCCUUCAGAACCUCAUCCCUUACCUACAGUUAAUCAAGAAGCUAUACAGCCUAAUUCCAUUCCACCCAAAGAGAAACAGCCAUGUUCCGACAGAUAUCGAAUAUAUAAAGCCCAGAAACUGAGAGAAAUGUUAAAGGAAGAGUUGAGAAAAGAAAAGAAGCAAUGGAAAAACAAGUAUGUAAUAAAUGAAAGUCAGAGACCACCAGAUCGUACAAAAAUGACUAUGAGAGACUUCAUAUAUUACCUGCCAGAUAACAACCCAAUGACUUCUUCCCUAGAGCAAGAAAAGAAAACUGAAAAAUCAUUGCCACCAGUCCAGACAAGAGAACAAGAAAAUAAAAGUACUCCUGAUGCUGAAGAUAAUGAAGAAAUAGAAGAAGAAACAGAUGAUGGCCCAUUGCUGGUUCCUCGAGUUAAAGUGGCUGAAGAUGGUUCUAUUAUUUUGGAUGAAGAAAGUUUAACUGUAGAAGUUUUAAGAACAAAAGGCCCUUGUGUUGUUGAGGAGAAUGACCUAUUUGAGCGUGGCUCUACAACUACAUAUUCCAGCUUUAGGAAAAACUAUUACUCUAAACCAUGGUCAAAUAAAGAAACUGAUAUGUUCUUUUUAGCCAUCAGCAUGGUAGGAACUGACUUUUCUAUGAUUGGACAACUUUUCCUCAUAGCAAGAAUAGAAAAUUAA